AUGAAGGGCAACGAUGAAGUCAUCCAAGAGUUCAACGAGGUCGUCAACAUGACGGCCUCAGAGCUCGAGAAGUGGCUCAAGUCAGACGAUUCCAACAGCGCUGGCUGGCCCAAGGAGGAUGAGAAUGGCGAGACUGUCGGACAUGACAGCGGUCGUAAAAUUGUCGAGAUCUUGAAGGAGAACCCCAAGAAGGAACCUGAGAAGUACACCGAUGAGCAGGUCCAGCAUAUGCGCAAGGUUGUUUCCUACUGCAAGCGACAUCUCGCUCAGGAGACCAAGGCCAACAACGACAAGUCCCCCGAGGAGGUCAAGAAGACCAAGUCCUACGCGUCACUCAAGAACUGGGGUCACGAUUUCCUCAAGGCCCAGAGCAACGAGAACGGCAGUGAGAAGAAGGAAGAGAAAGAGGAAAAGGAAGAAGAGAACGACGACGCUGAGGAAGCUGAGGAAGAAGAAGGUGAUGACGAUGAUAAGCAAACCGGUGAGAAGCGACGGGCCACUCGGAGCCAGACUGGUUCCAACAAGAAGCGUGAGACUCGUAAGGGAGAGUCUACAAAGUCCAAUGAUGAAGAGGAAGAGGAGCAGGAGGAGGAGGAAGAAGAAAAUGAGAAGAAGCAGGGACAGAAGAAGCAGUCCAAUGGCCAGUCUAAGAAGUCCAAUGGAUCAUCAAAGAAGGAGGAAGACGCUGAAGAAGAGCAAGAUGAUGAUGAGGGUAGUGAUGACUCUGGCGCAAAGAAAGGACCUAAGAAGGGUGAGACUGUGAGCUGGAACUGGGGACAGGGACAGCCCAAGGGUAAAGUCUUGGACGUCAAGGCUGAAGAUACAACUAUUACAACGAAGAAUGGUAAUGAGGUCUCCAGGAAGGGUGAUGAAGAGGAUCCUGCUGUCGUACUGGACACGGGCAAGAAUAAGGCUAUUAAGAAAGCUCAUGAGCUGAACUAG